AACCCACCCUCUUUCUUCCAUUCAAUUCCUAUAUAAACCACAAAAGGUCCCUCUGAAUCCUAAUUUAACGGAAUAGAAUCCAAUCCCAAUUCCCAAUAUUCCAAGCACCAAACACAAGGCUGCCAAAAAUCCCUCUCUUCUCCACCCAACCCAAUACCUCAUUGUCAUCAGUCAUCACAUCUAGAAAUUACUGAAAUUCUUUCAUCCUUUCUCUUUAAAGAUUUUUGAGCUCCUCGGUGUUGUUUUUAUCGAGUGGAUUUUGACACUUUUGAGGGGUUUUCUUGGAUUUUAGGAUUUGAAAACACCAUGAGGCUGUUGAAGGUAGCUACUUGUAACUUGAACCAGUGGGCAAUGGAUUUUGACUGUAAUUUAAACAACAUAAAAGAGUCAAUAACCCAAGCUAAACAAGCUGGUGCAGUCAUUAGACUCGGCCCUGAGCUUGAAAUCACUGGUUAUGGCUGUGAAGAUCAUUUCUUGGAACUUGACACUAUCAAUCAUGGAUGGGAGUGCUUGAAAGAGAUAUUGGUUGGUGAUUGGACAGAUGGGAUAUUGUGUAGUAUAGGAAUGCCUGUAAUUAAGGGAUCAGAGCGUUAUAAUUGUCAAGUUUUAUGCUUUAAUAGAAAGAUUAUUAUGAUUCGUCCAAAAAUGUGGCUUGCAAAUGAUGGGAAUUAUAGGGAACUUAGGUGGUUUACAGCAUGGAAACACAAAGAUCAGCUUGUGGACUUUCAACUCCCUAGUGAAAUUGCUGAGGCUGUUUUACAGGAAUCGGUGCCUUUUGGUUACGGAUACGUGCGCUUUUUAGAUACAGCUGUUGCUGCGGAAGUUUGUGAAGAGCUUUUCACCCCUAUCCCUCCUCAUGCUGAGCUUGCGCUCAAUGGGGUUGAAGUGUUUAUGAAUGCAAGUGGAAGUCACCACCAAUUGAGAAAGCUUGAUGUUCGUCUUCGUGCUUUUAUAGGUGCUACUCAUACUCGUGGAGGAGUAUACAUGUACAGUAAUCAACAAGGAUGUGAUGGUGGCCGCCUUUAUUACGAUGGGUGCUCAUGCGUUGUUGUGAACGGAGAAGUGGUUGCCCAAGGCUCACAGUUUUCUUUAAGGGAUAUUGAGGUUGUCACUGCGCAAGUGGAUCUGGAUGCGGUUGCUAGUUUAAGAGGAUCUAUCAGUAGUUUUCAAGAACAAGCAAGUUGCAAAAACACAGUAUCAUCAGUCCUGGUGCCAUACAAGCUCUGUCAGCCUUUUAACUUGCAAAUGUCCCUUUCUAGCCCCCUUCAGAUCAAUUAUCACUCUCCUGAGGAGGAAAUAGCCUUUGGUCCUGGUUGCUGGCUAUGGGACUAUUUAAGAAGAAGUGGAGCUUCUGGAUUCUUGCUUCCUCUUUCUGGGGGAGCAGAUAGCUCCUCUGUGGCUGCUAUUGUUGGCUGCAUGUGCCAACUUGUUGUAAAAGAAAUUGAAAAGGGGGAUGAACAGGUCAAAGCUGAUGCAAUAAGAAUUGGGAAUUAUACUGAUGGGCAGUUUCCUACUGACAGCAAAGAAUUUGCAAAACGAAUAUUUUAUACUGUAUUUAUGGGUUCUGAGAACAGUUCUGAAGACACAAAAAAGCGAGCAAAGGAUCUAGCUGAUGAGAUUGGUUCAUGGCAUCUGGAUAUUAGCAUAGAUGGUGUUGUUUCUGCUCUAUUAUCUUUGUUUCAAACACUUACAGGAAAGCGACCACGUUAUAAGGUGGAUGGGGGUUCUAACAUUGAGAACUUGGGGCUGCAGAAUAUUCAAGCUCGAAUCAGGAUGGUGCUGGCAUUUAUGUUAGCCUCGCUCUUGCCAUGGGUUCACAGCAAACCAGGGUUUUACCUCGUUUUGGGUAGUUCUAAUGUGGAUGAAGGGUUGCGUGGUUACCUAACUAAGUAUGAUUGCAGCUCUGCAGAUAUAAAUCCAAUUGGAAGUAUUAGUAAGCAGGACCUUCGAGCAUUCUUGCGAUGGGCUGCUGUCCAUCUUGGUUACUCUUCCUUGGCAGAAAUUGAAGCAGCUCCACCAACAGCUGAAUUGGAGCCUAUACGUUCCAACUACAGCCAGCUUGAUGAAGUGGACAUGGGAAUGACAUAUGAGGAACUCUCAGUUUAUGGAAGGCUGCGAAAGAUCUUCCGCUGUGGGCCAGUGUCAAUGUUUAAGAACCUCUGCUACAGAUGGGGGUCGAGAUUAUCUCCAUCAGAGGUGGCUGAUAAAGUAAAACACUUCUUCAAGUACUACUCCAUUAAUCGGCACAAAAUGACUGUCUUGACACCCUCUUACCAUGCUGAGAGCUAUUCACCUGAGGAUAACAGGUUCGAUCUGCGUCAGUUUCUCUACAAUGCAAGAUGGCCCUAUCAGUUUAGCAAGAUUGAUGAACUUGUUAAGGAGUUAGAUGGUGAUAAAGUUGCUUUUGGAGAAACUAGCGACCAGGAUAAAUCAAGAGCAAAUGGAUUAGGGAUGGGAGUUGUAGCAGCAGGCUCAGGCGAUCCAAAAUCUGGUCUUUAAUUUGAAGAAAAGGCUUGCUUAUCCGCUCAUUGUGUGCAAAUAAAUAUUUUUCACCAUAUUUGAUAUUCAAUUUAUGUCAGGAAAAUAAGUGAACAAUAUUUUCUUUUUCAUCUGUUUCCUUGGGAUAAAAUGUCUCUCACUAACAAGAACGGGUCCAUUCACCCCACUUACGAUAUAUAUUCCUUCGUUAAUCCUGAGAGAACAUCUUGUUCCCUUCUCUAGUUGAUAAAGCAGAUAUGCAUGCUUUGUGUGCAGUCUCUAUUUGCUUU